CCUCUGGACAGCCAGUUGAAUCGAGUCGAAUCGAAACGAAUCGAAGUCAACAUGAAGAUCGCUCUGCUUGCCAUUCUGGUGGUGAUUGUGGGUCUGGCCCAGGCCACCGACUACUGCUCGUGGGACAUCUGCAAUGGGGGCUCCCACAUUGCCUGCGGGCACAGUAACUGGUGGGAUAGCAGCUGCCCGGGCGAUGCCCAACUGAUCGACAUCAACGACGACUACAAGUGGGUCUUGGUCCACUCGCACAACGACAAGCGGAACUAUAUUGCCGGCGGCUACGAUCCGAACCACAAUGCCGCCUGCCGGAUGGCCACCAUGGAGUGGGACGACGAGCUGGCCUAUCUGGCCUCCCUGAACGUCCGCCAGUGCAACAUGGUGCACGACAGCUGCCACAACACGGACGCCUUCAAGUACUCCGGCCAGAAUCUCGCCUGGCAGGCCUACUCCGGCGACCUGCCCGACAUGGGCUACAUCCUGGACAACAGCGUACAGAUGUGGUUCGACGAGGUGCACAACUCCAACUCCGGCAUCAUCGACGGCGGAUACCCCUCCGGCUAUAAUGGACCUACCAUUGGCCACUUCACAGUGAUGAUGUCGGAGAGGAACACCCGUGUGGGUUGUGCUGCCGCCCGCUACAAUCGCGAUGGCUGGAACCAGGUGCUCGUGGCCUGCAACUAUGCCACCACCAACAUGAUCGGACGCCAGAUCUACUCCAGCUGCGACUGGGGGGCACAAGGAUGCGGAUCCGGCAGCAACGGCGAGUUCGGCAACCUCUGCUCCCCCUCCGAGUGGUACGAUGUCAACAGCUGGUAAUCCAUCCAAACCACCAUGUUCAGGGUCAUCUUAUUGGCCAGGCCAGAAAAUAAAGUGUAUAGUUAAAGGUAUUGAAACUAAA